GACACCAAGGAUGAAACUGUCCUAUCCAGCCAGAUGUCGCGUGUGAAGGUUCUAGACGCGGGAGGUGAUGCGCUCCCAAUGUUUCAGCACCAGGGCCAGAACUAUCCCAACUACCCCCAGACAGACUCCAUUGUCAACAUACACAAGGUUCCUAUCAGGGAUGACGAUAUCUUCAUCUGCGGCUUCCCUAAGUCAGGGACACACUGGGUUUGGGAGGCGUCGCGAAUGCUUCUGGCAGGCCGUUUGAUGGACGAUACGGUGGAAAAGGGGGUCGGGAUGAUGGAAUAUGCUCCCCAUGACGCCAUCCAGGCAAUGUCAUCCCCGCGCCUCCUCAACACUCACUUCAAGCUAAGUCUACUCCCACCGGACAUUGUAAAGAAGAGAUGCAAGAUCGUGUACCUGUUGCGGAACCCUAAAGACGUCGCCGUCAGCUACUACAACUUCAUUCUCAAACUCCCCAACUACAAUUACAGGGGCAAGUGGGAGAACUUCAUGAAAUAUCAUGUGCUUGGAAAGUUUUCAUACGGGUCGUGGUUUGACUUCGUCUUGGACUGGGAAGAAGAAAAACUAAAGCAUCCGGAGUUACCUGUCCUUACUCUUCACUAUGAGGACAUGAAGGAGAACAAUCUACGGGAAUUAAGGAAACUCGACAGUUUUCUCGGGACAGACCGGAGUGAGGGCUUCCUGUCUGCGUUGUAUGAACACACAAGCUUCACAGUGAUGGAGAAGAGAAAGGCACCCACAACACCUAUCCAGGGAGCAUUACCUGGGGUGUACCGCAAAGGUACUGUCGGGGACUGGAAGAACUGGUUCAAACCGGAACAAAAUGAAUGGUUCGACAAAUAUUACACGGACAGAAUGGAAGGGAGCGACCUGAAUAUAAGAUUUACUUUGCCCCGACGGGCGACCAUGGGCGCCUCGACCUGAGAAAACAUCACACAUACGCCAGUCAUCAUAUUGACUUGACGGUUGACAUAGUGGGAACUCUUGAGCCAAAGUCAAUUGGAACUAUGUCCUCCGGGUCCAUCUUCCCGGGGCUAACUGACUUUAAAAGUCCAGUUCCCACCCUUGCCGAACGAGGCUGGAAUUCCUGGGCUCGAUCGGAGCGCCACCAGUGGUUAUUACGAGUUAUGUCUGUUCUAAACCUCUCCUCUUGACCAAU